AUGGAAGAGGGGGACAUCAAGCUGAAUCCGAAUGAGCACAUUGAUUUUUGUUGGGCUACAGAGGCACAAGUCCGGGAUUCUUCUCCAUACGAUGAUAAGAAAUCCCAGCAAGAAGGGCUUGUCAUGCUUGAAAGCAAGAAGCAAAGUAUCCUCGACGCGUUUGAGCGACUGAAGAAUUCCUAUCUUGAUAUAAUUGUGAGGGCAGAGGACACUCGCAGGUAA